AGAACUAGGCAGCUCAGUUGAAGGCAAGUGUCCUUUAUCAGGUCCUUGCAGCCUCCAGCUCUCCUGCAGUGCCUCCAGCCCUUGACACCAACAUGAGGUUCAAGUUCUCGAUCAUCGCUCUUCUUCUGGAAGUGGUCUUCAUCAUUUUGUUUGGGCUAUUUGUGGAGCAUGACACUGGGAACACCAGUUUGUAUCCAUACUUUAAGGACGUCCAUGUGAUGAUAUUUAUUGGAUUUGGUUUCCUGAUGACCUUUCUGAAGAAAUAUGGAUUCACCAGUGUUGGUAUCAACAUGCUCAUUGCUGCCUUCGGUCUUCAGUGGGGCACUCUAAUGCAAGGAUUUCUUCACAGGGGUGAAGGAGGGAAAAUCCCUCUUAACAUCAAAAGCAUGAUAAAUGCAGACUUCAGCACAGCAACUGCUUUGAUUUCAUUUGGAGCAGUCCUGGGGAAAACCAACCCUGUUCAAAUGCUUCUCUUGACGUUUCUGGAGAUCACGGCCUUUGCAGUCAAUGAAUAUCUAGUUACGGAAAUAUUUCAGGCCACAGAUAUUGGAGCCUCAAUGACCAUCCAUGCCUUUGGAGCUUAUUUUGGUUUGGCUGUAACGCUCAUCUUGUAUCGUCCUGGCUUGAAAAACAAGCAUGCAAAUGAGGAAUCUUCCUAUCACUCGGACAUAUUUGCCAUGAUUGGUACCCUGUUCCUUUGGCUUUUUUGGCCCAGUUUUAACUCCGCAAUUGCAGCUGAAAAUGACCAGACUAAAACAAUUAUCAACACUUACUACUCCCUGGCGGCAUGUGCUGUUAUAACAUUUGCCCUCUCCAGCCUGCUGGAUCAAAGAGGCAAAUUCAGUAUGGUUCUCAUUCAAAAUGCCACCCUGGCAGGAGGAGUAGCAGUGGGUACCUGUGCUGACCUGACAAUAGACCCUUUUGUUGCGAUGUGUAUUGGGAGCAUUGCUGGGAUCAUCUCUGUCCUUGGGUUCCGUUUCCUGACUCCUGUUUUGGCAUCCAAGCUGAAAAUUCAAGACACAUGUGGAGUCCAUAAUUUACAUGGCUUACCUGGAAUACUGGGAGGUAUUGCAAGCAUCGUAGUAACUGCAACACAACCUGAAACUAAGAAAGGCAUCCAACUUACUGCUGGCAAACAGGCCUCUGCCUUGGGCAGCACAAUUGGAAUUGCACUGCUUGGUGGAGCACUGACAGGUGCUAUUCUAAGGCUGCCCAUCUGGGGACAAGUAUCUGACCAGAACUGCUUUGAUGACUCUGCUUAUUGGGAGGUUCCAGAAGAGGAGAAACUGCCUGAAAUUAAUUCCAACAACUAUGAUGAGCACAGCAGAUUUGAAGCUAUCAUGUAGAAAAACAUAUAUGCGUCCUUAUGAUGCUCUCUUCUGUUUCUAAUGCUAAAAACCAACACCCAAAAUUUUUUCUAGCCACAAAUAUUUUCCAGAAGGAGCUGUAGGUAGUUAUAUUUCCGUAAUAUAUAUAUAAAAAAAGUUUGAUUUUAGCAUAAAUUGUCAUUACGUCAAGCUCACGUGAACCAAUUUGAUCUUCCCAACAUAGUUGUUCUUUUGGAAUGAGGGAAAAGAAAAAAAAAACACAAAUUACAAAGUUAUCUAUAUUUUACCAUUUGCCAUCAGUCAGUCAGUACAGACAUUGCAACAACCUUUGUCUUUCAAGCCUAUUACAAGAUAUACAGAAUAUUUAACAGCUUCUUGAACACUGUUAGGCAUGGGGCAUCAACCACUUCUCUAGGAAGCCCAUGCCAGUGUUUGACCACCCCCACAGUAGAGAAAUUUGUCCUCAUGCCCAGCCUGAGCCUCCCUGUCUAGCUUUAUGCCAUUCCCACCUGUUCCACCAUCAGUUUACAGGAAGCAGAGACCAACACCUCCCCAUGCUUCCUCUCCUCAGAAGGAUGCACAGAUCAGUGAGGUUGCCUCUCUGCUUUCUUUUCUCCAGACUGAACAACCCAAUGUCCUCAACCUCUCCUCAUAAGACAUGGCUUACAGCCCUUUUACCAGCUUUGAUUCCCUCUUCUGGACACUUUCAAGUAUCUUAAGAUCCAACAUACCAUAAAUGUGGGGGAAGUGCGUGUCCAGAAGGGUGUCAUGAGGGACAGCAUCAAAGGGUUUGCUAAAAUCCAUAAACAUUCUGUCUGCCACCUUCCCUCCAUCAAACAAGCAGGUGAGGUUAUCAUGGAAGGAAAUGAAAUUUCUAAGUCAGGACUUUCCUCUGAUAAACCCAUGCUGACAAGGGCUUUGUUAUCAGAUUUAAGGGGAAGACUGUAAUACAAAAUAGCACAGAACGUUAUUCCUAUUCUGCUUGUGUACUUUUUCCUCAGAAAACUUUAUAAAGAUACUAGGUACAGCUGAAAUCCUAUCCGAGGAUUCAGAAGGUCAUUUAUUCACAUGUAGCCAUGAGUUAAUUGCACCGGAUGCUGACUGCAAAGGAAUGCCUCAGUGAGAAAUAACUAUUUACUGUGAGUAAAUCUCCCAGAAUGGUCCCCCUAGGAGCUAUGUUUCAGUCAUCGAAACAAAGGGGAAAAAAAAUAAACUUUGUGCAUUUGUUGUCCAUUUCUUACAAUCUUUCUGUUGCAAACCAGGCACUCACCUGCUCUUUCCUGAUCUCUGUUUUUUGUCAGAUGAGGGACUACUUCUUCAGUCUCCUUCAAAAACAAGAACAGAGAUGGGCCCUUCUACAUGGAAAUUUAUCCCACCUAAUCCAGCUGUCGUUUUCAGGAAAGUCCUUGUUUCCUUUUUGACAAAGAAGAGCCUAGUUUAGCCUAGGAAACUGUGCAAGAUGGCUUAGAAUGUUCUUAAAUCUAUAUUUUGGUGCAGCGAGGUGGUAAUUAUUUAGGAUAAGUGUUCCCCUAAACCCUGAAAACAUCAACAUGAUGGAAAAAGAACCAAUAAACUUUCAUAAGCAUGGAGGAAGUGAAGCAUAGCAUCAGUCAGUAUCAAUAAAGGUCACCCAUGCUGAA